CAUGUGAGCCUGCUCUGUACCACAGAGUAGCAGUUUGUCAUCUACAGAUACUGGGUGUUUACUAGUACUACUACUACUACUAUUGGGUCUAUGUAUACCUGUAGUACUGACAUAGUACGAAUGUAGUAGUGACUGUGUACUUUUACUACUGACCAUAGUAGUGACUUGUGGUACUGACCGUAGUACUGACAGUACUGACCGUGUACUCUGCGGGAGGAGGGACGGAGACCUGGCUCCUGUGAUCUCACUGAGGGAAGGUACAGCGGGGGCUUAUUAUGGUCUGCUUGUGCUAAUUAACCCACAGUUCGCAGUAAUACUGCGUUUGCAGCGGUCAUACCGUCCAGUCGCUCGGUCCUGGGCUUUUCAUGACUCGGAGCUGAGCAUCAUUAGCUGUCCGCUAGCUGCUAGUUGUGCUAAGCUAACGUAUCUCAGCGGCUUCGUCGUCGUCUGGCAGCGGGCUGAGUCGUGAGACGCACGUUCCAGUCCGGGUUCUAGUCCAGCCGCAGGGGCUCGACUCUUACUGGGCUUCACUGCGCGUCGUGGGAACGGAACCGAGCCAACGGGCUGGACAGCUAGCCUCCGGUGGCUAACGGUGCGUUAACGGCACCGCGGCUGCUUCCAGUGGACACAGCGAGAGGAAACAAAGUGCGAGGCGGUCGCGACACCAGCAGCCAGAACCCAGAGACUCAGCGACCCAGCACCGGCUCCGACAGCUGCUCGUCGCCGUGAGGCUGCAGCCAGUCCGGGCUGAGCAGGCAGCGCAGCAGGUCACAUCUGGAUGAUGCUGGAUUCACUGUUACCGUGUAGCAUCCGGGAGGAGUCUGAAGAUGCAGGAAGUGAGAGAACGUCGUUCAGCUGCAGUGCUGCCACUUGAGGACAGUGGGGGCUCUCUAAUGGUCCCCCCUUCAUCCAAUGAACCCCCUCUACUCCAUGAAACCCUGCCUGCCUCCCACUCCACAAAGCAGCGACAGCCCCUUCCUAAAUGACCCAGUCUCCUGGCAACCAGGCACCAAUCAGCACGCGGGAUCUCUGUCUGUAGUAACCACGGUGUGGGGUGUGACCAAUCCCACACACAGCCAGAUGUUCGGCUCACCCGUGGGUCCGAGUGAGAGCUCCGCUCACAUGAUGCCCGGCGGCAGCCCUGGUGUGGCUGCAGGCGUGGGCUCUCAGUUCAUGGCCCAGCAGUCGUACGGAGACGCUGUGUCCAAGGGCUACGGCCAGCCGCUGAUGUACGGACGCCCCAGCGCCGCGUACAACCAGAGCCCGGGUUACGGGGGAAGUUACUCCGGUAACAGUGGAGGCGCCGGUCUGGGCGUUCGCGCUCCGUCUGACUUCACCCAAGCCGCUGCUGCUGCGGUUGCUGCCGCCGCUGCCACAGCAACUGCUACAGCUACAGCAACGGUGGCAGCGAUACAAGAGAAGCAGCACCAGGAGCUGAGCUAUGGACAGAUGGGUGGCCCGCCCUCAUACAGCACUCAGUUUCUGUCUCAUUCGGGGCCUCGAGGUCCUCUGGGGAUGAACCCUGGUGGGAUGGUCCCCUCCAGGCCUGGACCUCCACCUUCCAGUGGAGUGCUGUGUCCCUCUCACCCCAGCCAGAGCCAGAAGAUGCCCCAGCAGGGGGGCUACCCAGGCGGCCAGCAUGGGCUCAAACGGCCUUUCCACUCAGAGGGGUUUCCACUGCAGCAGUACGGUUCGAGUGGGAUGUCGGCGUACCCUAACCAGCCUCUGCAGUACCCUGUGGGUCCACAGAGGUGUGCCCCCUCACCCUCCUACUCCAGUCGGAUGCCUCUCAUGGGACCGUAUGGUUCUGGAUCCCUCAACCCGGCACAGUUCCCCUCUGGAGCCAGCCAGCCCAACCCUCCACAGUACUACAAGUCAGAGCCGUUCAGUGGUCAGGGCAGUCUGCCGCCAGGAGGAGCAGGAGGGUACAACGCAUUCACACAGGCUGCAGUGAGCGGGCCAGGUCGGGGUGGAGCGAUGCCCGGGUAUCCUAGCUCACCGAUGGGAGGGAAUCCUACCCCCCCGAUGACACCGGGCACCUCCAUACCUCCCUACCUGUCUCCAGGCCAAGACACCAAGCCGCCCUACCUUCCUCUGGACACCAAACCCAACAUCAACACCCAGCAUCCGUCCACAGGUAACCCCAGCGACGACCUGCGCCUGACGUUCCCGGUGCGGGACGGAGUCGUGUUGGAGCCGUUCCGACUGGAGCACAACCUGGCCGUCAGCAACCACGCCUUCCAGCUGAGAGACUCGGUGUACAAAACGCUCAUGAUGAGACCGGACCUGGAGCUGCAGCUCAAGUGUUACCACCACGAGGACCGCCAGAUGAACACCAACUGGCCUGCAUCCGUCCAAGUGAGUGUCAACGCGACUCCUUUGUCUAUAGAGCGAGGUGACAACAAAACCUCCCACAAGCCUUUGUACCUGAAGCAGGUGUGUCAGCCAGGACGCAACACGGUGCAGAUCACCGUCACAGCUUGUUGUUGCUCCCACCUGUUCGUCCUGCAGCUGGUCCACCGGCCGUCCGUCAGGUCCGUCCUGCAGGGUCUGAUGAAGAAGAGGCUGCUUCCGGCCGAGCACUGCAUCACCAAGAUAAAAAGGAAUUUCAGCAGUGGCACCAUUCCCGGGACGCCCGGUCUGAACGGAGAGGACGGCGUCGAGCAGACGGCCAUCAAAGUCUCCCUCAAGUGUCCCAUCACAUUCAGACGCAUCCAGCUGCCGGCCAGAGGACACGACUGCCGACACAUACAGUGUUUUGACCUGGAGUCCUAUUUGCAGCUGAACUGUGAAAGAGGAACCUGGAGGUGUCCUGUAUGCAAUAAGACCGCUUUGCUGGAGGGGCUGGAGGUCGACCAGUACAUGCUCGGCAUCCUGGUCUACAUCCAGAACUCCGACUACGAGGAAAUCACCAUAGACCCGCUGUGUGGUUGGAGGCCGGUACCGGUCAAACCUGACCUGCACAUAAAGGAAGAACCCGAUGGUCCGGUCCUGAAGCGCUGUCGCACAGUCAGUCCCAGUCACAUGGUGCUGCCCAACGUGAUGGAAAUGAUCGCCGCUCUGGGCCCGGCGUCUCCCUACCAGAGCCUGACGGCAGGAGGCAGGAACACGCCCGACUACAACAGGCCAGGCCAUCAGGAAUUUUCCAGCCAGACCGGAUUCCCAGACUUUCCCAACACCCCCGGCACGCCGACACUAGGAGAGUAUGCUCCUUCUGGACCACCCCUGUCCUACCAAUCGGAACAGACGCAUUCUGGACGGAUCGAUCACCCCCAGAAUCUCCUGCAGCAGCACAGCUCGGCUGUUCAUGGUAACCAGAGUCUGGGUGAUGCUGGCAGUCCUCUGCCACAGAGGAACUCCAACUCUCAGAAUUCCCGGCUGCAGAGCGAAGGCUCUUUUGGUGUGGGAGGCCCUGUGGCAGCUGGAGGCGAGGGCGCAGAUCAUGCACUAGAUCUUCUUCCGGAGCUGACCAACCCAGACGAGCUGCUAUCCUACUUGGGUCCUCCAGACCUUCCCAACAACAGCAGUGAUGACCUGCUGUCUCUGUUUGAGAACAACUGAUCACACCUUUUGUCCCAGUCCAGCUGUGGAACCGACCGCCCACGUGUGCGUGUGUAUGACUGAGUGUUUAGGUGUCUUUGUCCUUUUGAAGUGUGCUCUUGUCCAAUGCGUGUUGAGGAACAGGAGGGAACGGUUUCCAUUAGUGUGUCCUAGUGACUCACGUGUCACAGGCUGAAGGAUGUGAACCUGCACCUCUCGCUGGAGGCUGGUGUGUGUCUGUGGCAGGUACCGGACAUGUUAAUGCAGUGGGUCCCAAGCCAGCAGCGACAUCCAGCACUGGUCCAUAGACAGGCUACACGUAACUUCAUUUUAGUGGAAUAAUAGGCUCUAUUUUAUUAAAUAUUUAUUCACACAUUUAUCUAUGUAUUACUCCCAUGUUUAUAGUAACAAUAAUAGAGCUCUGACUUCAGUCUCACCAGUCAGGAUUUAUAUUUUUCUUUGGAGUAAUAAUCCAGAUAUUAUUCUGAUCCCUCAACAAACAUGGUUCUCAUCUUAUACUAUAGGUUUUUAAUAAAUGUAAUGAUUUAUUCUAUUUCAGGACAAAUGGCAGGUAACAGGUAAUCACCCAUUGUUAUGUCACAAAUGUGUCACAAUGUGGUGAUGGAUCACAAUGAUAAUUCACUUCUUCAGUUAUUUUUCUGCUUUAAUUUUAGUAACCUGAGAAAUUAUUCAGAUAUUUGAAUUAAAAAUGAUUUAGUGUUAAAUCUGCUCAAUGUUGUCUAAUCUGUGCUUUUGAAGAUGUUUGUAGAAUUUAAAACCAAUCAAAAGCGACGUUUGUUUUCCAGCGCUGGUUCACUUUGUUGCUGCUGCUAGUUUCCAGCAUGUCCUGACCUCUUUCUCUCUGCAUUCAUACGGUGGUGUUCCUGAGACCUGCUGACCUGCUUUAUGUCCUGACGUGCAGCCCACAGGUGCGUGACUAAACUGUCCUGGCAGGUGAGUUCGGCCCAGUCAGGUUCCACAGCAGCAGGUCUUCUCUAAAUCCUUUUUUGAACCAGAGGUCAGAUCUGGAUUUUGUCUUUGCUGAUGCCACAGUUUGGGAACCACUGCAUUAACAAACACAUCUGGAGUUAUUAUGUUUAAUAUUGUCAACAAGUCCCAUGAAAAGACCAAAACCAACAAAAUAUGAGUCUGUUUUAUAAUAAAACUCUGAGGCACCUACAAAAAUGUAAAUGUUUCAACCCACGUUGCGUCUGUUAGGGACUCCUGUGUCUGUGGCACAGAUGAAGCUCAGCAUCAGGACACGUCUAUGGUCUUUUCAUGAGAUUAAAUCUGACCUGUCAUGAGAUGAAGUCAGCGUUUUAAUACAAGAAGAACCGAUUCGCCCCAGAAAGGUCGGGUCCAGAUGUUUUACAUACAUCCUUCAACACUGUGAACUAUUCAGCAGCUUUCACCCUGUUGGUUUUGCCCUCUGUGGGGUUUUCGAGCGUAUCGUGUGUCGUGGCAUUUUCCGCCAUUCCAAAACUAUUCGUAUGUUUUUAAAUAGUUUGACAUGUACAACCCAUAAAGAAGCGGGUUUGUCUACUGUAUAAUCAGCUGUUUUCAUUAGAGAACGUGUGUGUAUCAGAAGAAUUGUUAAUCAUGGUAAUUUAAAUGUUAUUAGUUGGGUAAUGGAUCAUCAUCACCGUGUACAUACUGUGUGUUCAACAGAUGUCAAGUCAUUGUUCAUACAUACGUGAUGCAUGUAUGACAGGAAACGGACGGUGACGCACUUCAACUGAUUCUUAACACCGCUUUUUAAGGACGACAGUUUUUUAAGACAGAUUUUCUUUUGUGGUUCAACAUUGACUCGACAGAACUAGUUGAAUUUUACCAGCUCAGUAAUGUUAGUUCUAAAUUUCUGAACUGUUUAACUGCAGGUUUGUGAAAAAAAGUUUUCUUUUUUAAAUAUGCAAACUACUCCAUAUUUUGUAACACAAUGUAAUUGCCAUUAUUUUCUAUUUAUUUUUUAAUCAUGAGCAUUGUUGUACCUACAGUUACUUUGUCCCUUUCCUCAGACGAUCAGAAUUAAAGUCACAUUACCUGACAAGAAGUGUUUGUCUUCAAGGCUCUGUCGCAUCGUUAUCUGUGUACAUUUAAAUUCUGGUACGGAACAAGUAUUAUUUGAUUAUAUUUAGUUGUAAGACGUUGCUUCUGGAGACUGGCACUGAGCAAUAUUGAAGUGAAAUGGUAUUAAUAGUAUGAAGUAUUCAUAUUUUGUCUUGCUCUACUGCAGUUCACUUUGAAUAUUCAUGUAUUGGAUGGAUUUAUGAUCAACUAAAAAAUGUUCAGUCUAUAUGAGGGAUGGAGCAAAAAAGUAAUGGGAAUGCCCCGUUACAAAGUAUAAUUAUUUAUUUUAAAGGUGACAUAUUGUGAAUGGCAAAUUAACGGAAUUUUACAUUAAAUAAAUGAAGAAUUUUAUGAAAUAGUACCAGCAAGUUA